AUGGCGGGGAAAAGUAGAGCGAUAGACAAAAAUAUGUCGAAGCUCGGGAAUCGUUUGAUAACCACGAUGCUAAAGAAUGAGAAGUUGGCUGAGAAAGAACUGGACAAAAAAAUGAAAGCUAUCAAAUAUUCGGAGCGAAAGUCUAUGGUGAAAAUAUGUGAAACUUCUCUUGACAUGAAAUACGAUAUGAGGAGAAAACGAAACACGCAAGAUAUGGAAGAACAAAUUGCUAGUGAUUCAUUAAAUGCCACUUUUGGUCAAGGAAGGGUGUUGCGUUCGCCCAGCAUAUCUCGGAGGGGGAGCUACGCACCCAUUUCACCAAAGCAAGACGAUGCAGACGAGACGGCGUCUGUUUUAAGUCUGUCAAGUAAACGAAGUUCUACAGGUGAAGCGCCGGAAAUUUUAAUCAAUAACGAGAGGAAGGAGACUGACUCUGACUUUGAUCCAGAGAGCAGGCGGUCAUCUGUUGCAAGUCAAUCCUCGGAUGCGCCUCUAAGUGAUGUGCCAGCUCCCGCGGACGAACCGCCUGCCAUCGACGACGCAGAAGCUCAAAAGAUGCUGAACGCGUUUUCUCAAAGCACUCGUGGUUCUCAUCGGCGACGUACUGCGCCGGAAAUCACAGAUCUCUCGCCAAAGCUGCUUAUUCAGUUAGCGAAAAGUUCGGCAGAGGUGAGAAGACGUGGAUCUACAAUGGACGGGACGGAGGGAGAAAUGUUGGAACCAACUCCACCAGCGUCCACUAAAAGACGUGGAUCAGCAACAGCUGAAUUGAUGCAAUCAAAGGCAGAGGCAGAAAGUGCAGAGGGACCUGUAUCAAGUUCACCCAUACUGCGGAGAAGAGGUUCUGCUGCAGUGGGUAAUUCUUCUUCACAAUCUCCGAAUCUACGUAGACGUGGAUCUGCUGCAAUUACCAAAUCCAAAAAUGUGAUUUCUCUUGAAUUAAACGAAGCUCAUCUGAGGGGAAAAAUUUCGGAGCAAGCUCCGCUUCCGCCGCGACUGAAACAGCCCCUUUCUCCAUUACUCGGAAGGAGAGGCUCUGGUGUUGCGGCUUCUCUCCGUCCUACAUCAGGAAGGUCGUCGCCAAAGGGAUCACACACAGAUUCCGCUUCAGAACAGAUGCUGCCAGAAUUGAACAAUGGGUCUCCCGCCAGGAUGCGGCGGUCACUGAGUCCAGGACGACAACCUUCUUCCAUAAAUCGUCCCUCCACCGCUAGGUCAUUGUCUUCACUAUCUGCAGAUAGUGCACUGGCAGAUAUUCAGUUGGAGACUUCAUCACCUUCUGGCGAAUACGACCUUACUCGGCGACGUGGCUCCAGGCCUGGAUCUGCAAGGAGUUGUUAUUCCAUGCCUCCAGGAGGGCUUCUCCUUCCAAUCGACAGGUCAUCUUUAGCUAGCCGCCGAGGCUCAGAUUUCACCCAAAUUGACCUAAAUACUCUGUCACCCUCCUCACCUCUCCGAAAGGCCAUGGAAGACCCUCAAGCCACACUGAAUCCUGCUCCAGUGUCACCGAGUGUGUAUCGGAGACAUUCAGGAACAGUGGAGGCUCUGCAAGAUCGUGUUGAUGACUUCUUAAAAACACUGGCAGCAAAAAGUAGUUGA